UAAAUAUAGACUCUGCUGCACAGGGCUGUAAAUGUCUAGUCUAGCAGGUGAGAUAUGGAUAUCAGCAUUACUGACUACACAAAUGUCACUCCAGGGUCAUUAUAUUUUGCUUUUCUGUGGGAGGCAUUAUGACUAAGUCGGGUCACUCUGGAUACAAUAUCACUGCUUCCUUGUCUCCUCCUGCUGCAGAGAGAUGUUAUUGCUAUGAAACGGAGGAUCAAUGCAAGCGCAGGCGGGGGUUGGAGGGUGUACUGCUGCGUAAGAGAGGACAUGUAUCUGCCUUUCACCUGGAGUCACCAACGGCUACACGUACUCUGUGUGGUUGUGCAGGUUUUUGUCAGGGGCUAUCACUCCAUCUCAGCAUAUGAGAAUGCCUCAUUUGUGCCUCCGCCCCUCUCUAACUGAUGUCAUCCCUUUAUCACACUUGUCUUCGGAGAAGGGACAGUCCGGGGUGCCAUCCAGAGCAUUCCCGCCGUCUUGACUCGCUGUGACAUUCAUGCCUUAAAAGCUUUGUUCCCCAUAGCAUUGCACAGGGGCGUAUGUUUUCUAGAGUUACUAAUCUAAUAAUAGGUUGGAACUUGGAAGAUCAAAAGAUGUCUGUGUGACCAUGUGCACAGUGAGCACUGUGUUAAUAAUCCAGUGGAAAACACCUUCCUAUCAGUUCUAUUUAAUGUCAAGUCAGGUCGCAUUUUAGCAUUUUUUAGUGUUUCCUUGCAUGCUUGCUGUAUUGUGCUAAAAUGAUGAUGUAAUUACAGGUGUUUAUGAGGUGGGGUUGUUGCCAUAGAGUGAUGCUGCAUGGUGUGUACUGUGAUUGUGUGUUUAUAUGUACAGUGACAGCACAAGGCAGGGGGCUGAUGCUGUAGGCGCUGUUCAAUAUGGGUCAGGAGGAGCGGCACUGUCUUUCUUACCCUAUUCUCACUCCCUCUUCCCCAUUCCGAAUCCUCUCCCUGCUUUUCUACAAUUCAUAUUACUCUAUCUGUCAUCCUACAAUGCCGCGCUUCCUCGCCUCCCCCUCACUUUUUCUCUACGCUCUUUGUCUCAUUUGCUGGAUCUAUGAGGCUUUAUGGUCACAUAUAUUGCUCAGUUUUUUUCCUAACUGGUUCUUUGGCAAACUGUAGCCUUGUCCUAUCUUGGUAAUACUCAUUCAAACAAUAGCCGACCAUGGUCCACUUUGGAUUACUUCAUAUAUUUUAUGUAGGACACUUGUGUCUGCCUAGUGUGUUGAACCUCCUAUACAAUAAGAAGAAAGAGCAGCUCCUUUGAAUGAUUCCCACCAACAUUGUGGAAGAAGUGGAUCCAUUGGAGAUGAUUCCACAUGAAGUUUAUAGCGCUCAUUUUAUGAGCUGUAGCAAUUACACCGCGUGUGGAUUGAGACCUGGCAAUGUAUGCCAGUGACCACAAGUAGAGACAUCACACCCUGGAAAAGAGAGAAGACAUUAACACUGAGAGCGAGUUGAGACUCUGAAGACAACAGAAGUGCCAACUGAGACAUCAAAACCAGCCUUGCACAAUGAAAUCAAAUCAGGAGCGAAGUAAUGGAUGCCUGCCACCCAAAAAGCGAGAAAUCCUUGCACUGGAACAGAGGCCAGUCGCAGUGGCUACAUCAACUACUCCUGUUGUUCAUAACAAUCCUGCUCCCCAUACUGAAAACCUUGCCUGGUUGGCAAGUGUGGCCAGUGAACGAUGCAGGUCCAGAGACUCAGAGAGCCCACUAUGUCCCAUAACAUCGACCACCUCUUCCUCUCCUACUAUUCCAACCUCAGCUACUACCCUAUCAGCAGUGCCGUUGGCUUCGCUGCCCACAGUUUACCCCACAGCCAUUCCUCAGCCAUCAGGAACCAUACAGUUUGCUCAGCUCGGACCUAAUGUUCAGUUCAUAAGCUCCGGGCCCUAUGCAAGCUAUAUCUCCUCUCAUGUCGUUCCCGCCAAUACCAGCCCUAUGGGACAGCGCCCUCACCUCGAUGGUUACACUACUGCUCUGAUUUCGCCUGGCACCAAAGGGGAACAGCAGUUUCAAAUCGGCCUCUCUCCCACAGAGCUUGCUCCCGUCUCCCUCCCAAACUCUCCACAAGUCACCAGCCAGUACAUCCAUCUUGAUAGCAGAACCCCUCUGACAGUCAGUGGUGCUGCAGUGUCGACACCUGGAGCCCACCUACAGCUUCAUCCUCAUACCGCUGUCCUCCCUCAAACGCUCACACUCGCUCCCUCCCAGCUGGUUGUUCAGUAUGCAGAUGGAUCUACCAUUAAGAAACCAGAGGUGCAUGCUAAGACUGUGCUGAACGGUGAACAAGUGGUCAAACAAAUUAAUGCUCCCACACAACCAACAAACCAUCAGCAAGUUCAGAGCUAUGAGGCACGACACAUCCUUGUGCCAGCAGACUAUGGUCAGAACUCAUCAGGACUUCAGACCUCUUUAGUACUUGUGGCCCAACCAAACCAUGGUGCUGAUCAGGAACAUAGUUCAAAUAAAAUUUCCUUAGUUCAGACUGAGAAAGGAGGCAUCUGUUUGGGAAAACCCAUAUCAAGAUCUUCCUCCUUCUCCUCCCUCUCAUCAUCAGACGUCAUGAAGUCCGUCACACCCCAUACAGUAAUUCAGACAACAUUACCCCCUGAAGAGCUCCCAGCCAGUCUUUAUUCUUCUACUCAAGCACCCAUCAUUGGCUAUAUCACCAGUGCCAACCAGCAUGCAGUUAGCUACCAUGCUGCGCUGCCACAGCACUUGGUCAUUCCAGGUGGUCAAUCCCUGCUCAUCCCAGUCAGCGGUGCAAAUAACAGCACAGAAAUGGAGACCAGCCGUGCUGUCUGUUCCAUGACCACGACCACGACGCCUCAAAUAUCCACCGCAAUGCCUCAUGCAUAUCUUGCCACUGCCCUGUCCAAAUGUGAGUCAAUAGGUCCAGAUGGAAAUCAAGUUCCCGUUGCUGUAGCCCCACCCCCAGCAAUCCCAGCCUUGCCUUCAAACCCAGUCCCUGCAGUAGUGGCAGCUCCUUCUCCAGUCCCAGCUCCCGUCACAUUUCCUGUCAAUGCUCCAGUCCCUACUUCCAUUCAAGCUUCUUCUGCAAUCUCCUCUCCCUCCUCCCCUGUGGCACUCCCUCCUUUCUUUAUGCGAGGCUCAAUAAUCCAGCUUGCUGAUGGAGAGCUGAAGCGUGUGGAGGACCUCAAAACUGAGGACUUUAUCCAGAGUGCAGAGAUCAGCAGUGAGCUGAAGAUCGACUCCAGCACUGUUGAACGAAUUGAUACCGGACAGAGUCCUAAUGCUGUGGUCAUACAGUUUUCUGUCGGGGAACUUAAAGCUCAGGUGUGUGUGGAAGUUCUUGUGGAGUAUCCCUUCUUCGUAUUCGGACAGGGGUGGUCGUCCUGUUGUCCUGACCGGACCACGCAGCUCUUUGAGCUGUCAUGCGCUAAGCUGUGCGUAGGUGAUGUUUGUGUGUCUUUGACCCUUCGGGGUCUAAGGAAUGGUUCUCUAUCAGACAGCCAGGUUUUGGGGGCAAGGCUGAAGAGCGCAAGACUCUCUGACCCUGGAAACAACACAGAUUCAACUGUCAACAACAGUCCAAGACGUAACACGACAGGCAUUAACAGCGGUCUUCUCAUGAAGGCUUCUGGUGUCGAAAGGAUAGUUGGAACUGCGUCCGGACGGCAGUUACUCACAGAAAUGGGACUAAAUCCAGGAUCAGUGGUGGGGACCUCUGCUGGAGAAUCGGUGCUGGCAGUCUCUGGAACUGCAGGUACAAGACAGAGAUCCGAGAAAAUAGAUAUGCCCACACUCUGCAAAAUACAGUCCAGAGAUCCAGACAGAACCACUGUUCGCAAGAGACGUUGGUCCGCUCCGGAGCGAGACCAGACUGAAAGAGUAGAGGGGGAACCUCCGUUGACUCUGCUAAAACCCUCCAUCAUCUCUCAGGAGGUGAAAAUCAGCAUAGAGGGCCACUCGAGCAGCGGCAGAGAAAAAUGCUUGAACAAACUGUAGACUGUCAAGGGAUCUUGAACAUGUUUGUACUGUGUUCAUUCACUUUGUGUUCUCUUUAUUCAGACUACUUUAAAAUAGCAAAGUUUACAAAGUAUCACCAUUUUAUUUCUGCUAUAGGUUCAGACACCUUCAACAAAGUACAGUGUGUGGCUGCACACACUGUGCAAUCAGUGCAAUCAAUGCUGUAAGCAAAAAUGAGUGCGGUGCGAAUGUUAAGCUUGAGUGCUGGUAAGAUACCUAUAAGUGUGUCAUCCAUCAUGAGCUGGAUCUCAGUUGUCACAUCGUUCACAGCCGUACUUGCAACAUGGACAAACAAACAUGAACAAGCACAGAAUACGGAUGUUCAUGUGUAGAAAGGCAAGCCAUCAUGUGUGUCUUUUAGGAGUUAUGUGAUGAGUGGUAGUACAUUUAAGAGUCAAAGAUCAAUUUCAUGGUGAUAUUAAUUUGGCAAUAAUUAUGGCAGAGAUAUUUGCAACCUCACACAUCUGUUCGAUGUUUAAUUAUAAUCUUCAGUCUUUCACACCAUUGAGUGUGUGUGCUGCCACAGAUUAUGUGUUUGUGCGUUCCUCAACAUUGAGGCACAAGGUGUGCACAGGGGUCAGGUAUGAAUGUACUGUACACCACAGAUUUUGACUUAUGAAGUCAUGGGUACAUUGUUCGUUGCAAAAGCAAUGAGUACAAUGUGCGACAAUUUGAUACAGAUGCGUUUGCAAAUUGUGUGUCACAGCAGUUUCAUAAUCAGACAUUCCUAUGGUAGUUAAAGAUGGUGUUUUUAGGUCUGGCUGCAUUUACCAUUUCUAUGAAGAAAAAAUUCAAGUUACUACAAAUUGGAAUAUAUUUAUAGUACCAAUGUGCACUCUGAAAAAUUACAUCACUACUUUUAAAGAGGACCAUGGCGUGUACAUGGGUUAGUACCUCAAUGCGUAUAUGCUUUUGUACCACUGACGCUUGACUUUUACAACUUGAGAGCACCUUUGGAGUCCAUUAGCCCUGUUGGGUAUAGUUGGCUAGAUUGCUCCUUUAGUGGCAUAAAUGGACUUCCACUGCACCCCUACAUCUUAAGCAUUUUGAGCAGAUCUACACUAAACCGAAGUUGGCAAGCCAAUUGCAACCACUUGUCUUACGAUGCAUCCCACAGACACGAAGAAACCUCAACCACCAUUUAGGGUCAGGAAGUCAAAUACACUCGUCCUUUAAGCCCUCUUUUGGGUUCCAGAGGGAAAUACAGUAUGUGGCAUCACAGCCGCUAAGUGAUCCUAUAGCUAGCUGUCGACUUCCAGCUCCCAUUGACUGCUCACUACCCUGGGAAUCUAAUGCCGCAGUUCCACUGCAUAGUAUGUGCUUAGCCUAGAUUUUCUGUCAUCAUUUUAGGAUGGUUGAUUUUUUCACCUCAGAAAUAUUACUGUAAAAGACUGGGAAGCUCAAACAUCAUUGGAAAAAAAAAAAACAACAACAAUGAGGAACAAAUCUCUUUUAUAUUUACCAUUGGCUUCAGUAAGAAGACAAAGCAUAGACUUCAAAAUGGUAUUGAGGGGACACGGGGCCGAUUAACGGGGCCUAUCUCCGUCAAAGCUGACCAAGAGGAAACACAGCUUUUCACGUUGAAAAUUCUUGUGAAUAAAUGCGUAAAUCCCGCAAUUCUAUAUAGAUAUGGACGUUAAACAGUUUCGAUUCUUGGUUAAAAACAAACAAAAACAAAAAAAACGGGCAGUUAGCAUUUAUUUUUAGGAAAUAUGUCGAAUGUGCUGCUCGUCUUUAAGUCACUGUGGCGCCACCUUACCACAACAAAGAACUUUUUACGUUAAAAUUCCUGUGAAUAAAUGCUUAAAUCCUUGAUUUCUUUAUAGAUAUGGUUGUAAAAAAGUCUCGAUUCUUGGGUUAAAGCAAAAAAAUACGGGCAGUAUAAUUUAUUUUACGUAAAUAUGUCGAAUGUGCUGCUCGUCUUUAAGUCACUGUGGUGCCGCCUUACCACAACAAAGAGCUUUUUGCGUUGAAAUUCUUGUGAAUAAAUCAUAAAUCCCUGAAUUCUUUAUAAAUAUGGACGUAAACAGUCUCGAUUCUUUGUUAAAAGAGCAAAGAACCGGGCAGUUAGCAUGUAUUUUACGUAACUAUUGUGAACUAUGAUGCCAAUGCUGUUACGGCUAAUUUCUCCCAUUGAUUUUUUUUUUUUACAGUGUUUCAAAAUGCAUGCAUGGUAUGAAAAAUAAUAAUUACCUUGAACCCUCAAACAAAUCAAUCCUGAGACAAUCCUUUCUGUUUGUAUGCGGGACAUCUUUCGCACUUUUACCCAAAAUCCGGCGUUGAAUCACUGCAUGUGUCGAGUCGACCGACUGUGAAUAACUGAAGCGGAUUGUGGGAUGGGCCCCCUGGUUGAAGGCGUUGCACAGUGGCUGGCUGAAUGGACCCGUCAAGACAAUUAUGAAGUCUAUGGAGAAAGUUUAGCAAAAACGGUGUCACAAAAUACAUACAGCUGGGCAAAUAAGUAUUUGGUCAACCUCCAAUUGUGCAAGUUCUCCUACUUGAAAAGAUUAGAGAGGCUUGUAAUUGUCGACAUGGGUAAACCUCAACUAUGACAGACGGAAUGUGGGAAAAAAACAGAAAAUCACAUUGAUUUUUAAAGAAUUUAUUUCCAAAUUAGAGUGGAAAAUAAGUAUUUGGUCACCUACAAACAAGCAAGAUUUCUGGCUGUCAGAGGGGUCUAACUUCUUCUAACGAGGUCUAAAGAGAUUCCACUUGCUACCUGUAUUAAUGGCACCUGUUUUAACUCAUUAUGGGUAUAAAAGACACCUGUCCACAAGCUCAGUCAGUGCCACUCCAAACUUCACUAUGGCCAAGACCAAAGAGCUGUCGAAGGACACCAGAGUCAAAAUUGUAGACGACUUGCACCAGGCUGGGAAGACUGAAUCUGCAGUUGGGAAAACGCUUGGUGUAAAGAAAUCAAUUGUGGGAGCAAUUAUGACAAAAUGGAAGACAUACAAGACCACUGAAAAUCUCCAUCGAUCUGGGGCUCCAUGCAAGAUCUCACCCCGUGGCGUCAAAAUGAUAACAAGAACGGUGAACAAAAAUCCCAGAACCACACGGGGGGACCUAGUGAAUGCCCUACAGAGAGCUGGGACCACAGUAACAAAACACAGUAACAACAUACCCACUGUGAAGCAUGGGGGUGGAAACAUCAUGCUUCGGGGCUGUUUUUCUGCAAAGGGACCAGGACGACUGAGCUGUGUAAAGGAAAGAAUGAAUGGGGCCAUGUAUCAAGAGAUUUUGAGUGAAAAUCUCCUUCCAUCAGCAAGAGCACUGAAGAUGAGACGUGGCUGGGUCUUUCAGCAUGGCAUCCCAAACACACAGCCAGGGCAACAAGGGAGUGGCUUCGUAAGAACCAUUUCAAGGUACUGGAGAGGACUAUCCAGUCUCCAGAUCUCAACCCCAUAGAAAAUCAGUGGAGGGAGUUGAAAGUCCGUGUUACCCAACGACAGCCCCAAAACAUCACUGCUCUAGAGGAGAUCUGCAUGGAGGAAUGGGCCAAAAUACCAGUAAAAGUGUGUGAAAAGCUUGUGAAGAGUUAUAGAAAACGUUUGGCCUCCGUUAUUGCCAACAAAGGGUACAUAACAAAGUAUUGAAAUGAACGUUUGGUAUUGUCCAAAUACUUAUUUCCCACCAUGAUUUGCAAAUAAAUUCUUUAAAAAUCAAACAAUGUGAUUUUUUUUUUUUUUUUUUCACAUUCUCUCAUGGUUGAGGUUUACCCAUGUUGACAAUUACAGGCCUCUCUAAUAUUUUCAAGUGAGAGAACUUGCACAAUUAGUGGUUUACUAAAUGCUUAUUUGCCCCACUGUAUUUAAAACCUAAAAUACAAAGAGUUUUCCCUGAGCAUCCGACAGUUCCUUAUUGAGAACAACAUUGGCAUACUGUGGAAACUUAUUAUUAAUGUGUAAUAAUCCUUACAUGAGCACAUGAAAAUCUACCAGAGGAGACUGGAAAAAUGUGUUGACGUCCAAAAUCCUUCAUGGGGGAAACUAUGUCCUCAGUAGUUUAAUUUUCAAACAUAUCUUUUGCUACACCAGUCAAGGAACAUCUUUAUCCCUCAUUUAGUACUUGAUUGCCAAGGACAUAUUGUAAAUAAGGCAGUGCGAUAAGGUAGGGUAACGUGUGUGUUCCAUCCAUGCAGCUUCAUAAGCUAUAAUGAUAUACUAUGAUGUACUCAAAAAUGAUUGAGCAGUUGUUUAUAUCACCCAUAUUUAUUACCUCACAAGCCAAGUAAGUACUGUGCAGUGGAAAAUAGGCAUAAUGCUCUGAAAGUUUAGGUACAGUAUGUACUGGUAAGGGGAAGGUGUAAAACUUUUGAUUUAUUCAGAUUACAAAUGUUCCCAACAAGAAUAGCACUUUGUAAUUCUCAGCUUUUUUUUUUUAAUUCAGGUAAUUAAAUGUUAGACCUUUGGACCAUAUGUUCUUUGAAUUUCUAGGUCAAAUUUUGAGUAAUUCAAUUACCAAGCUGAAUUGUGACGGCCCGCUGUAUGCGUUUUUGAAAAAAAUAUGGAUGAGUAGUAAGCGUGGCGAAGGCAAAAGCACAAUGUUCUCUUUUAAACUAGUUAAAAUCCAGAGAGUGCUCAGUGGAGCACAUGAGAUUGAUAAAUCAGAUGAUUAUAUUAUUAGGGACAUACUACAUAGAAAAGGUUCACCUGGUUUAUAACCAGGAAGGGUGAUGACAGAAUAAAACCUCUUUUUCUCAAUGAAGAUUUUGUCUUCAAGUACAUACAGUACCUGCUACAUCAGCGCCACUGUGGCGUAUGGCUUUUUUCUACCGGUAUUUCAUUUCCUUUUAAAACUAGAGCCAAAAUCCUACAGUUCAUACUCAGGAAAGUUGUGUACGUCUGUAUGCAUGUAUGUGUGACUGAGACGGUAAAUGUAUGUGGUUGAUCACUUGUCUUUGUGUACAUUCUGAGCAGCAGCACUUUGAUGAAGCAUCCGGUUGGUGUGGGGUGAGGAUACUCGAUGAGGAUAAUCAACUGACUGUUUUUCAUCAUGUCCACCAUGUAAAAUGAUGGUAUAGCGGGGCAGGGAAUGUAAACAACCAUUGGAUAAACUAUCUCACCUUUAUUUUUGAUGAUGGAUAGAGCUACUAUUUAGAGAAAGAAAGUCACUGAAAGCCAGCUAAUGUUGAUUUGUACAGUAAAUUGUAUCUUAGAAUGUGUACAGUGUGUCUAUAGAUAUAACCCUUACGUAGCCUAUGUACUGUAUGUGCCACGGCGCCCUUUCUUCAAUCAUUCCAUUUUAGCAGCCAUCAAGGUGGUCCUGUUAUUGCUUCAAUCAUGAAUGUGACACUAUCUUUAAAUUUGGCCUCCUCCAAGAGUUGACAACCUUGCACAGUGUAAAAUAUAAUAUGUGAUGAUCCCGUUCACCUCGAUAGCCAUUGUCCUUUUCUAACUCCGGUAGGUGUUUUCUUGUAACCUAAAAAACAAUUCUGACUGUUCUGUUUGUGUUCUGCUCAGGCUAAACACUGCCCACUGACUGUUGUCCAUGCAAAAUAUCACAUUGUUCACUUAAAUGUAUAACACAACUACUCAAAAUUUGUCAACAGAGUACGGGUUUCGUUUCAUUUCAUUUUCCAUUCAUAGACAGUUACAUUUGGUGGCUAAAUUCAACAAUAUUGUAUAGAAUACUAUCUUUAUAUUGUGUAUUGUGUAACCCCACUACCUUGCGGUAUGGUUUGAUAAAAAUGCUUCUAAAGCCGCACCAAAUCCAAGAGGAUGUCAUGUUUCAGAAACCGCACCCUGAAGUUGGAAGCAGUCUGUGAGUUUGGACCGUGUUGAAGUUCUCCAUCUGAAUUUAUUUCUGCAGACACUAAUCUAAAAUGGCAUCAAUGCAGAGAUAAAUCAAUAAAAUGUGUUGUUGAAAAUAGAAGACAUACUUGUGGCAAAAGUUGAGAUGUUGCACAUUAAAUACAAAGCCAUACACUCUCAGAAAAAGGUAUGCUGUUUUAACUUUAGGGCCACAAUAGCUUGUCAAAAAUGUACUGUUGACACUUACAUUUUACAACUUGGGGAAUAUAUCUGCACCUUUUUGGUCAUGGGAAUGAACAAUUGUUAAAUUGCACAGGAAUAAGACAAGUGACCUAUAACAUCGCUCCUUGUUACAGUGUAGCUAGCAGACGAUUAGCUUAGCAUGGACAGAUGAAAGCGCCUCAAACUGCUGAAAGGAAUUCCUCAAGUAAAAAUGUAGUGUAGGCUACACAGAUUCACAAACUCUAAUCUUAACAAGCAUUCAAAAGACGAUGUCUGUGUCAUAUUUAAGAUGGUGCAGCAUCGUACAUGAAGAUUCUGGGCAUGGCAGCAUUCAGAAAAAAAGACCGAGCUUGCCCACCUCCUCAAACUACAGUGGUAUGAAAAAGUCUUUAGUGAAGCUUUUGGAAUUUCUCACAUUUCUGCAUAAAAUCACCAUCAAAUUUGAUCUGAUAGUUGUUAAAAUCUCACAGAUGAAAAAAAAAAAAGUCUAACUAAAAUCACCCAAACAUUUAUAGGUUUUCAUAUUUUAUUGAGGAUAGUAUGUAAACAAUGACAGAAGGUGGGGUAGUAAGUAGGUGAACCAACACAUUUAAUAUUUUGUGCCCCCCUUUGCCAGCAAUAACUUCAACCAGAUGCUUCCUGUAGCUGCAGAUCAGUCUGGCACAUCGAUCAGGACUAAUCUUGGCCCAUUCCUCUCUACAAAACUGCUGUAGUUCAGUCAAAUUCCUGGGAUGUCUGGCAUGAAUCGCUCUCUUUAAGUCAUGCCACAGCAUCUCAAUGGGGUUCAAGUCUGGACUUUGACUUGGCCACUCCAGAUCGUGUAUUUUGUUCCUCUGAAACCAUUCUGAAGUUGAUUUACUUCUAUGUUUAGGAUCAUUGUCUUGUUGCAUCCUCUUUUUAGCUUCAACUGUCUGACAGAUGGUAUCAGGUUUUCCUGCAAAACAUCCUGAUGAGCUUUUGAAUUCAUUCUUCCAUUAAUGAUUACAAGUUGUCCAGGCCCUGAGGCAGCAAAACAUCCCCAAAUCAUGAUGCUCCCUCCACCAUGCUUCACUGUGGGGAUGAGGUGUUGAUGUUGGUGAGCUGUUCCAUUUUUCCUCCACACAUGACGUUGGGUGUUACUCCCCAAAAAAAUCAUCAGUCCACAAAAUAUUUUGCCAAAACGUCUGUGGAGUGUCCAAGUGUCUUUUUGCAAACAUUAAAAGAGCAACAAUGUCUUUUUUAGACAGCAGUGGCUUCCUCUGUGGAGUCCUCCCAUGAACACCAUUUUUGGCCAUAGUUUUACAUGUACAGUUAAUGUGUGCACAGAGAUAUUGGACUGCGCCAGUGAUUUCUGAAAGUGUUUAGCAGACACUCUAGGGUUCUUUUUUUUCCUUUUUUUUUUUUUAACCUCUCUGAGAAUUCUGUGAUGAACUCUUGGUCUCAUCUUUGGUGGACAGCCUCCCCUGGGAGAGAAGCAACAGCGCCAAACUCUCUCCAUUUGUAGACAACUUCUCUGACUGUUGAUUGAUGAACAUCCAGACUGUUAGAGAUGGUUUUGUAUCCUUUCCCAGCUUUAUACAAAUCAACAAUCGUUAAUUGCAGGUCUUCAGAUAGCUCUUUUGACCGAGCCAUGAUGCACAUAAGACAAUGCUUUUCAUCAAGACAUUUCUUACCAGGUGUGUGAUUUAUAGUGGGCAGGGCAGCUUUAAACCACUCAUCAGUAAUUGGGCACACACCAGACUUAAAUUGUUUGUUAAAACUUGAUUUAGAUUGCUCUUCAAGUCUCCUUAGGCAGAGGGUUCACUUACUUAUUUCCCCCCUUCUGUCAUUGUUUGCAUGCUAUCCUCAUUGAAAUAUGAAAACCUGUAAAUGUUUGGGGGGUUUUAGCUAAAGCGGACACUAUAUUUUCAUCGGUGUGAUUUUGCCAAGACCAGAUCACAUUUGAUCGUGAUUUUAUGCAGAAAUGCGAGAAAUUCCAAAAGGUUCAGAUACUUUUUCAUACCACUAUACAUUCCCCACCCCUGGCACUGAUAGCUCUUUAUUUUUAUAUGAAUAUGAAUUGGAAUUGUAUCUUGACAAACAUUUAGUCAAACACUUGACCAAACUCUUGUGGGUCCAGCAUAUUUACACUUAAUUUAUCAUUCCCCUUCAAGCAAGAAACAGACAUUUUGGCUGAGUUUCAACCAUUGGAUCUUGUGGCAUAAACAAACAAACAAACAAAUACUCAAUUCACAAGUCCGAUAUAUAUAGUCAUUAAAUGUGAAAAGGCCUAAUUGGGUUGGCUAAUUUAUUGAUUGAAUAUAUACUGCAUUGCACUUUGAGAUCUGGAGACACAUUUUCAGUUAUAAAUAGCCAAAGUCUUCCAAAAUGUUGAAGAAGAGAAAAACAAAACAAUUAGGUAUCCAAACUGCAAAUUUGCCUAUUUAACAGAAAUCUAGGGUUUUGCGUGUUUGCACCUGUUAACACACCCAUUUUAAGCACUUUCUUUCCAAAACUUCUGUACACCGACUUUGUAAAUCAGUUUUGUGACGGGGGUUUGUUGGCUAAAUAUCAACUAUAAUGCCCUAUGUCCUUCUUCUCGUCAUCAUGUAUCAAUAAUGUUCCCCUGUUUUGCUGGUGUUGAGGUUUGUUAGUCAAUCUUUACUUACAAUGUUUGAUUUCGAAUUUGAUCAAAUAUAUUCAGAGAAAUAAAGACUAAUGUUAUUCAGUGGGAUUUUUUUUUCUCUUUUUACUUUUGUCUGUCAUCGAGCGUAAUAUUGUAAAUUACAUUAAUUCGCAAAACUGUAAUGUAAAGGCCUGCAUGAACAAAAUAAGUACAUUUGCAAUUAAACUUUAAAGUUUAUGUCGUUAGUUUUCAAACAUGACUUUAGACCAAAUUUGUUUGGAUCAUGUUUUUGUAUAAUAUUACCAUGGCUCAAAGUAUUAUAAAAUACACUAUUGGGGACUAAAACCCUCAAUCUAGUUUUUAAUAAAUCUUUUCUUUUUAUUAUUCUGUGUACUUGGCGAGCAAUAAGUAUCAUUUUGGUGUCACUUGUAAAAGGCCCUGCCUAACCUGGCGUUUAUUUUUCAAUUAUUUUUUUUUACCAUCAGGGGGAGCAAGAGAUCUUCCACUGAAGUGUAGGAGUGAAAAGCUGUUAUCCAUAUGGUUGGGGAGAAGCUCAAAUGAAUAAUGAAGAAAAACAAAUACUCAAACAUGAAAAACAAGAUUAAUUUUGGGUGCUGCUUAUAGUAUGUGACACUUUGCCGUGUAUAUGCAUAACAUUCAACAUUGUGGAAAAAAAAACAUACACAACAUAAAAAAAUGGUUUAUCAUGUUAAGUGUAUUGUUACUUUGCCGGAGUUACAGUUGGUGAAGCCCAAAAUAAAAA